AUGAAGUCUCUAUUAGGUCUCAAAUUUCCCGGAAAUUCUGAGCGAAGUAAAGUUACGUCUGAGGACGAGUUUAGGCAUGUCAAGUCAGGGGUGGACGCAGUCCACGGCAAGGACCGUGAACCUUUAAAACCUCUGCUGAUAUUGUUGGACUGCCAACAGCGCAAAUCAUACCUGUCGUGGACCAGCAGCAGCAAUUUGCUGCUGCAAGUACGAGGCCAGGCGGAUGUUGUUCCGGUUGUCAAUCUUGGCCUUCGCGGGACCGUGGUGCAGCUGAUUGUAGAGCCCGAGGCCAACGAGUACGACAACUGCGUUGAGCUUGAUGUUGCCAACGGGAUAUCGCCUAUGAGCUGGAAACUGGAGCAAACCUCGCUAGUGCUUAAUGAUGGCGCAAUGACCCUUUGGUGUCGCUCUCCCGAGGCGCAAUCGCAAUUACGUUUACUAUACGACAUGUGCAUGCUCGCACGUUUCGAAUAUAUGUCUCUGUUCAAAGCGCUAACCGCGACAGUCAUAUCUACUUAUGGAAGUCGAAUUUCUGACAUAUCUGCUGUCCUACUCGCACAGCACAGCUACAAAGACUGGUGCUACAUUAGCAUAGGUGGAGAAUGGGUUAAAGCUUGGUGCCAUGUAGACCGCAGUCCUAAACACGCUGGCUCUCAUAAAGGCCACCAUCAAAUUAAGUUUUUCCGGGAUGAUAAGUCGCUUACCAGCAAGAAUUUGCUAUGUUUCAUUCCAGAUUGUGGUGAUGUUGAAGAUUUGUUCUUUGUUGAAGACCAGGACCCUAACAUCGUAGAAAGCGCACCAAGCGAUGGGUUUGAUCGUUUACGCUUUCGGGACCAUAUGGAUAACGCUCGUGACGAUACAGGAUCAUUCGAAAAUUCCUUGGACGCUAUGCUAUCGAGGCUCACAACUCUGCGUCUAGUGGGUGAUAUAUUUUGGCCUGAUGUAUCUUCAGGCUCUAGUAAAAGUAGGUCCUCAGUGCUGUUAUCCCCUAUUAAAAAACGGACCAAAUCCAUUUCUACCCCAUCUAACUCAGCAAACGGAAAUGCUGCUCAGCACAGGCGUAGCAAAUCUGCCGUCUCAAUGAAUUCAACUGUUUUUCAUCCCGACGCCGAUGAAUUCGAGUUUAAAACAUCUGAGAUUUUAAUAAAGCCUAUACCACAUAGCGGUGUACAUCACCUGGAGUCUCUGAUCCGCUGUGCGCUACCCAUGAUGGGUUGUCUGAGCUUGUACGGCAGGCCCGUACAUUUCAAAAACUCUCGUGAGGAUCCCGAGUCUCUUCUUUUUGGUCUACCGAAGCUUCCUGCAGUUGAUUUUUUCGCAGUUCAAGAACUGCAACCUUUAUUCGAGUAUACAGCAGCAACCGUCGAUGGAUCUGUUUCUAUCAAUAAGACUUUGUCGGCGUAUAAACAGUUUCUCGCUCAGAAGCUUGUGGAGCCUGGCCGCGACAAAAAAACUUUCACAACCCUGUCAGACAUGGUUCAAACGGGGUCGACUUUUUCUCUUCUCACAAACUCUUCAGGCUCGAUGAGCAAUUCACCUAUGAUAUAG